AUGUCGGAUCUGAAGUCAACCGCUUUGUUUGUUGUCUCUCCUGCAGCAACUUGUUAUCCAAAAUGCAAAAAUGAUGGGGAGUGUCUCAGACCUGGAAAAUGCAGAUGUCCACCUGGCUAUGGGGGUAGAUACUGUCAUAAAGUAAGCUGUGAAGGAGGCUGUCAGAAUGGUGGGGAGUGCAUCUCUGUCAAUGGAGUUGUGAAGUGCCUUUGUGCUUCUGGCUGGACAGGAUCAAGAUGCCAAGAAGCAAUUUGUCCUCAAGGUUGUCGGAAUAAUGGAGCUUGUGUGGCUCCUGGGAUUUGUAGCUGUCCAGCUGGAUGGGUUGGUGGAGCAUGUCAUUUAGCCGUGUGUAAACUACCUUGUCAACAUGGAGGAAAAUGCGUAGCUCCAAAUGUGUGCAGAUGUCGAGUGCCGUAUUCUGGUCUACAGUGUACAAAGAAAAGGAAGGAAUGAAACGGCCUCAGCAAAGAUAAGCUGCGUUUCCUUCAUGUAACUCUUCAUAUGGAAAUGAUGUCCAGCAUGAGAUUGGGGGGCGGGGGGCAGACUUAACAUGGUAACUGAUUUCGGAUAGCUUUGUUUCAUGUAGAUUAAAUAAAUGCUCUUUUGUAUGAAAGAAAGUUAUUCCAGAUUGUAACCAAGGUGGUGUGAGUAUCCAAGUACCUCCUAUGCAUAGAGUGUAUUGCAUGGGUUUUCUUUUGUUAUCAUUUUUCCUCAUAAGCAGAAGUAUCUUGUUGUGGUUGAUACAGCUGACCUUGAAGUAAAAUUUGGUCUUUGAAUAAAGUACUUUAG